AUGAGGUAUACGGUUAGACAUCUCUUUGUUAACCGUGACUGUGUCCUCAAUACAAGGCAGACAUGGGAGGACUUGCGCAUCAUGACUCAAAUGGUUGGUUGGCAUCAUCUGGUUUGGUUUUUCGGGCGUAUUCCUAAGCACAACAUAAUCUUGUGGAUGGCCAUUUUGGACAGGCUCCCCACCCGGAUGAGAUUGAUGCGAAUGGGUUUAGUAAUAGAGAAUGAUAGAUGUCUCUUCUAUGAUUUGGUGCUUGAGACUAGAAACCACAUUUUCUUUAAAUGUUAUUAUGCUAAAAGCCUGUGGAAGGCUAUUCUUUUGCUCUGUGGCGUUAAUCGAAAAGUAAGUCACUGGGAAAGUGAGCUUUCAUGGGCUGCUCACUGCUUUAAAGGAAAGUCCCUCCUUACGAGAGUGUUUAAGCUUGCAUUGACGAGCUAUGUGUAUGCCAUAUGGAGAGAAAGGAAUAAGAGACUGUAUGGUGGAUUGCAUAGACCGAUGAGUGAUAUCAUGCUGAACAUUAAAGCUGAUCCAGAUUCGGUUUGA